UGGGUGCCCGGCUUGGGUGCACGGGUCCCUGUGGCGAAGGCAGUGGAAGGUGUAAAGCAGGGCUGGUAGCAGUGCCGUCAAAAGACAGGGCUGCAGCUACCCCAGGCAGCGCGAUCGCGGAGCACCGGGAUAACCCGGCGCAAACAGAGGGACCAAGGGCUGCGCUCGGGUCCUCUCACUGCAAAGCCCGUCCCGAGAGCGCUGCUCUGAGGUCGCUGUGAAGGUGCUGAGGGUGCUGCUGCACGGCAAGUCUCCGGUGCCGACCCUCUGCAGCUGUGGGAGCGGACAGACACCGAGCAGGACGCUCCCUCUUGCCACGGUGCCGCCGAAUCCAACCUCUGCUGCGCUGGGCUGCCUUCAGUUGCUCUGAAAUGCCACUUCUGAACAGCAGAAGGUUUUUCCUAACGAUUACUUUUGCUGACCUUCCCAGCUGUUCCUUUCCCAGGAGCUCACGCCUGGGAUAAUCCCCAUUUGGUUACACUGGUCCCAAUGGGGACAACUUCAGCUGGCUUCUCUUCCCCUGCCCCUCGUGUAACAGCCCCCAGGAGCAGCCGGCUGGGGCACACGUAAAGAUGCAUUGUGUCUUUCCCUGGCCAAGCCCUGCUCUCCCUGCCCGCUGCCUGCCAGCUCGCCCCGAGCAUUCAGUGCUCAGCAAUCAGCUAAAUCAGCUUUAUCCCUCUGUGGGCAGUCACGCCAGGGUAAAGAAAUCAGCACCAGAAGCCUGAUGGGAUCCUCUGCCGGCUCGUCAUCUUAAAGCCUCUCACCUCUCCUCGUCUUUCAUCACGGUUAUAAACCCCUUAGAACUUCAUCACGUGCUCCAUAAAUAACAAAUAUAUAAGCGAGGUUCUGUGUGUGGCCGCAGCCCGAUCCCUGCCGUCCCACGGCCGCGAGGAGCCGCAGGAUCAGGCUGCAGAGGAGCAGCACCAGGUCCCCAUCUCACAGCCGGUAAGCCCAGCAUUUCUGGGACCUGGUGGUCCCCAUGGCCUUGGGGAUAACUGGUGGCCUGUGGGUCGCUGCGGUGUUCUGGGGCACGGGGAAUUGCCCCAGAGGGGAGGGAGCUGGGGCACUGAGCUUGGCUUGCCCUGGAUUUUGGAGGUGAGAGCGUGGACUUUUAUUAUUUAUACCUGAGCAUCUCUGUGGGCCAUGCAGAUGCUUUGGGCUCUGCAGUGCACAAACACAAAGUAGGGAUGGACAAUUUUACAGCGUGCACUUGGCAUGCUGCUACAUGUACCUUGACACAGGGGGGUCUGGAAAGGAGCCACAAGAUGCCCUGGAGCUUAAUAUACCCUGGGGUACAAAUGACUCUUGCAGGAGGCUGUGUUAGAGCGGGGGAGACAGGUUGAUGGAGCUGGGAAAAGAGGGGUUUCCUCCUAACUCUAGUUAUCCCUCCCUGUGUGCCCAGGGACCUGCAGCCAUCUCAGCGUGCACAUUCCCUGCAUGCCAAAGACCUUUGCGUGUGCAGGGAGCUGAGAAGCUGAGCAAAAAGCAAAAUCUCGUUUCCAGAAAAGAAACACAGCUCUACCAGCCCGCUGGCUGUAUGACCUGGGUUGCCAGAAGUGCCAGAGGGGAAAAGAUUCGAGGAGAACGAGCUGAGAGCAGUGCUGCUCCCCACAGCGCUUCUGCUCAGGCUGUUGUGCUGGGGUGCUGAGAAGUUUCUAUAAGUACAGGGGGUGCCUGAGCCACCCCAGCCUGCUGCAGAGCCCUGAUCCAGUCAGCGGGGUGAGCAGAUCCAGCAGCUGAUGACAAGCUAUGAGUCCUACAAAAAUCACAGCGCCCGUCUCCCGCCGUACUGCCACACUUUGCUCCCGUCCCAUCCGUGGGAGCACGAAGCACUCGUUCCCAGUGUGUUGGUUUGUCUUGCACUUACCCCUUGGCGAUAAGAACUGGCACGAGGGAUGCAAAAUACUUCCCCUGUCCCUGAUAGCCCUAGUGCCCAGAGAGCACGUCCACUGCUAACCCAGCAAUUCUUUGAAAGGGAAUCGCAGCAACACCCCACCUCACCACUUCCAGCACCCAGCCCUCACCCUUUCCAGAUGGAAAAUUCCCAGCUCGCUCUGGCUCUGCCCUGCGCAACGCUUGUGCUGGUAAUGCUUUUGUUUCUAUAAAUCCUAUUAGCUGGAGGCAAGGCUAUAAUUAGCAGGGAAAGCCGGCACCUCUCAAACAAUAAUCAGAAAUGACCUGGCUCCACGCUGGCUUUGCUGCCAAUUGUUCUGAAUAUUGGCUGACCGGUGGCUCCCGCUUGGCUGGGAGCUGCUGCCACUGUUCCUGCCCGCAGGCCAAGGGUGCUCGGGUUGCGCUUCUCCCUGGGUUUAUUAACUUGGUUUGAUCGGGCAUGAAACAUGAGGCUGAUUUAUGAUGCAGAAUCUGACCCAAGCAGAGGGAUCUGGCCGGGCUGUGUCAGGCGGGUGGGGAUGGAUGGGACGGAGCAGCAGGGACAGUCUUGGGGUACGGCCAUUGGACUCAAGGGCUCUUUGAGCAAUGCUGGGGCUCUGCUUUUCCCUGCAAGGGAACACUAGAGGACUGCUCUCCUGAGCAAACUUCUGCACAAGCAUUUACAGGGUCCAAUCCCACAUCUGUUCAGCAACGGCACCCUGACAGCACGAGGGGACCUCCCAGCCCUUGGGGUGCUUGUGACUCCAGGCACUGGAGCAGCUGCAGAUGGGCUCAUCCUGCCCAUCUCAGCCAGCUUUUCCGCUGUGGCCAUGACUUAAGUGCCUAACGGGGGCUAAGCCAUCUCAUUUACCCCCUGAGCAAGCUGGAAAAGCGAAUAAACCCCCAGCAGCAAAAGCUGCCUCAGACUGCAUGACAUAGAAUUGUAGAACACCCUGAGAUGGAAGAGACCCACAAUGAUCACGGAGUCCAACCCCUGGCCCCACGCUGCACCACUCAAGCCCUACAUGUGACAGCAGCGUCCCCAAGCUCGCUGAGCUCUGGCAGCUCGGUUCCAUGCCCGCUGCCCCAAGGAGCUGCCCCACGUCCAGCACCUGCUGAUGCAGAACCUUUCCCUAAUCCCCAGCCUGAUCCCCUGACGCAGCUCCAGGCUGGUCUUCUCUGGUGCACACAUGGCACUGACGUCACCCUCAUGGCCUGGACAGGGACAAGAUGCCUGACCCCGGCUCUAUCCCACUGCCCAGAUCCUGGGCACAGAGUCCCUGGGGCUAGAGGUUGGCCACAGUGCACAGCUCUCUCCAGCUCUGAGGGGUGACAGCAGUGUCACCGUGGGUGGGUAUUUGCUGCAAAUAUCUCCACACACACACACACACACACACACACACGUAUAUAUAGCAAAAGGAUGGCAGGCAGCCUAAUCCCGUGCGUGAUCAACAGGUAUUUUCGACAGCUAAGAGCUCUGGAAGAGAUUGGCUGAAAUUAAGGGUGCCGUGACGCUGCCGGAGCUGCCCCAGAUAACCGCAGCCGGGAGCAGAGCAGGAUGCCCGUGCUCAGCGCGCUGCCGUUCCUGAAGCCCGCUCACCUGCAGGGCACCCAGAAUUCUCCCGGGCGCCAGCGCCGGCACACGCUGCCUGCCAGCGAGUUCCGCUGCCUCAGCCCCGAGGAUGCCGUCAGCGUGUUCGAGAUUGAGAGGGAAGCCUUCAUCUCCGUGUCCGGGGAUUGCCCGCUGCACCUGGAUGAGAUCCGCCACUUCCUGACGCUGUGCCCGGAGCUGUCCCUCGGCUGGUUCGAGGAAGGCCGCCUGGUGGCCUUCAUCAUCGGCUCCCUCUGGGACCAGGACAGGCUCAGCCAGGCAGCGCUGACCCUGCACAAGCCGCGGGGCUCAGCGGUGCACAUCCACGUGCUGGCCGUGCACCGCACCUUCCGGCAGCAAGGCAAGGGCUCCAUCCUGAUGUGGCGGUACCUGCAGUACCUGCGCUGCCUGCCCUGCGCCCGGCGCGCCGUGCUCAUGUGCGAAGAUUUCCUCGUGCCCUUCUACGAGAAGUGCGGCUUCAAGGCGCUGGGUCCCUGCCAGGUGACGGUGGGCGCGCUGGCCUUCACCGAGAUGCAGCACGAGGUGCGGGGUCACGCUUUCAUGCGCAGGAACAGCGGCUGCUGAGCCCCGCGGCCCCGCUCUGCGCCAGCAUCGCCGCUGGGAGGGAGGCGGGGGGUGGUCAGCGCCGCGAGCCCCCUCCGCCCCCACCGUGGCUGCGCGUCUUUCCCCGCUGGCCCCAGCUGCAGCCCCCUGCCGACGCGUCUGCCUUUUGGCCAAGGGAUGAGCCUGGCCCCAGCCCAUCCCUGUGCCUCCGACAUCCCUCCCCCCAGCGCUGGGGAAACACCCGGCCUGCAAGCACCGAGCCUGCACCCCUCUAGAGCUGGGGCUAUGAAGGGGAGCCCAGGAGGGCUGCGCCCCCAGGGGUUCCGUUAGGGAUGGAAAGGCCGAGAGCCUCAGCAGAGCCUGAAAACCCUGAGCCCCCAGCCCAGGGCUCCUCUCCCCGGCACACCCCAAUGCCAUGCGUGAGCUCAGUGGAAGCCAGGCCCUGCUCUGAGCAGCCCCUGCAGCCACCCCCCACCCACAGGCACCUUUCCAAGCAUGAGACCCCCAGGGUUCCCCCCACCCGUGGCCACCCCAAAUCACACAGCCAGGAUCCACCCCGCAGGGCCAGUCCUGCGCGCAGACAUCACCUGCCCAGGAAGAGCCCUCUGCAAAUGCCUUGGUCUGUUGUGAAGCAGCAAAUAAAGAUGCAGUGGUUUUCUACACGCCUAGCUCCAAGCAUAUGUGGGUCCAGCCAGGCAGUCUGGAGCCAUCCGGUGCUCUUAGGGGUGUCUCAGCUUUAAGGGAGAUGGGGCAGACCCAC